AUGUUUAUGUACAGUCGUCUAGUGUUAUUCGUACUUUAUCAAUUCGCCUUGGAUAAUCGAAUAGUUUGGACAGCUGGACAAAAUUGUUAUUUUCCAAGUUUUGUACAUCAUUCACAUGAAUCAAUUUGGAUGACAGAUUAUGGUUUAAAUAAUUUACACCAACAAUCUCAAAAUAGUAAUAAUGACAACAACAAUAAUAAUAUUAAGAAAACAUCAUUAUUCUAUUCACUUCAAUUACCGGAAGAAUUGUACAAUUAUAAAUUUAAUUUUUUAAAUUUACAAUAUGGUUGGUUACAAAUGUUAUUUACAAGAGAUUCACAUCAUGCAUGGUUAUUUCUAUCAUAUUACUUAACGAGUAUUUGCAGUGUAGAUGACCAAACUACUUACAAAAGUAAUAGUAGUAAUAAUAUACAUUGGUUUAGUGCUACAAACAGUAGAAGUAUGAAUUAUACAAAAUUGAUGUAUAAUAAUAAUAAUAAUAAUAAUAAUAAUAAUAAUAAUAAUAAUAAUAAUAAUAAUAAUAAUAAUAAUAAUAAUUAA